UCCCCAAGCCCGCGAGGCCGCGCGCAGGCGGGUCCCGCGCUGCCCCGCGGGAGGGGCCGAGCCCGUGUUCCUCCUCCCUACCGGUCCCCAUCCUUAAAGCACGAGUCCGGACGCCCCGCCUGUUGGAGACGGCGCCUGGACCUGGACAGCGAGCAGCCGGGGCGGGCCAGGGCCGACUGAGGAGGGCCUGAGGCAGCGGACCCGCCGCGGCUGGCACACGAGCCUCUCGGCCCCGACUGAGUGGUUGCGGGAGCUGCGAGGGAAGGGGUCGCGGGCGCCAUUGCUGCCCGUCAGAACGCCGCAGGGUCCCCGUCAGGCCUCGGCUGCUCUCCCCCGGCUGGGAGGAGCCGUCGCCAGUCCCCGGCCCGGUCUCGUGAAUCGGGUGCCUAGUCUGCCGCCCGCGCCGAGAUCAUGUUUGACAAGACGCGACUGCCGUACGUGGCCCUCGAUGUGCUCUGCGUGUUGCUGGCUUCCAUGCCUAUGGCUGUUCUAAAUUUGGGCCAAAUAUAUCCAUUUCAGAGAGGCUUUUUCUGUAAAGACAACAGCAUCCAGUAUCCGUACCAUGACAGUACCGUCACAACCACUGUCCUCAACACAGUGGGGCUUGGUUUACCCAUUUCCUGUAUGAUUGUUGGAGAAACCCUAUCUGUUUACUUUAACCUCUUGCACUCGAAUUCCUUUAUCAGGAAUAACUACAUAGCCACUAUUUACAAAGCCAUUGGAACAUUUUUAUUUGGUGCAGCUGCUAGUCAGUCCCUGACUGAUAUUGCCAAGUAUUCGAUAGGCAGACUGCGGCCUCACUUCUUGGAUGUUUGUGACCCAGACUGGUCAAAAAUCAACUGCAGUGAUGGCUACAUUGAAAACUUCAUAUGUCAAGGGAAUGCACAAAAAGUGAAGGAGGGCAGAUUGUCCUUUUACUCGGGCCACUCUUCGUUCUCCAUGUACUGCAUGAUGUUCGUGGCACUUUAUCUUCAAGCCAGGAUGAAGGGAGACUGGGCAAGACUCUUACGCCCUACACUGCAAUUUGGUCUUGUUGCCGCAUCCAUUUAUGUGGGCCUUUCUCGAAUUUCUGAUUACAAACACCACUGGAGUGAUGUGUUGACUGGACUCAUUCAAGGAGCUCUGGCUGCAAUAUUAGUUGCUGUAUAUGUAUCAGAUUUCUUCAAGGAGAGAAAUUCUCCUUUUAAAGAAAGAAAAGAGGAGGACUCUCAUACAACUCUGCAUGAAACACCAACGACAGGGAAUCACUAUCGGAACAGUCACCAACCUUGAAGGUGGCAGAGUACCCAGAUGAAGCUGGCCUGCUUUCUAAAGGAAAAUGAUUGCAACCAGAAGGCAAGAGGAUGCGUCCUUCUUCCCAGUAUACAAGCCUUUAAGGGGACUGCUGCUACUGUACCUCUUGGAUGCCCACUUUACCUGUGUGUAUAUAGUUACAUUUAACACAAUGGUUAUCUAAUAGCUCUAAGUUCAUUACAAAAAAUUUCAAGCCUUUCACUAAAACAAAUGCCCCACCUGUACAUUUUUUUAUUAAAAAAAUGUAAUGCUUAUGUACAACUGUGUAUGUAAUAUGCUUUCUUAGAAUGAUGCUUGAUUUAAAUAUAAUACAUCAGACAGGUGGUGAACAAUUUAAAAUCCCACAUUCCUUUAGCUGACUCUUUAUAAGUAGAGGCUGGCAGCAAACACAAUAUCUCUCUUGAUUUUGGUGAUUCCUAAGAGAAAAGAAAAUACGGUUUAAAUUUUCAAGACCACAGAGAAUGUAAUUCCCCUCCCCUGGGGUUUUGAAGACAGCACAACAAUCCUGAUUAAAUUUGGUGAGAGGGCAAGCCUGGAAAUUACAAAACCUUGCUUGCCUGAAAGACACCUAGAGGAGUUCACAGCCACCUCUGAGAGAUGGGAAACUUAGAAACCAGACCCCUGUUCUCAUGACUCUUGAAUCUAAAGUACCCCGUGUGUGCAGGGGUGUCUAAAAUUAUUCAGAAAGACCAGAAGGACUAAGCUGUCCAAGAAGUUAGUUGACCCAAAAGCAUGAAUUUUUCAGCCUGCAAUGGAAGGCCCUACAUUUCAGUUACCAUGUGAAAUUCUUUCUGGACUAAGGACAAACAAAUUUUAUCAUAUAGAAGUUUACAAAACUAGACUUAAACGUGGAGUGAUUAAAGAGGUCUGCCUCUAUUUAACAAUGUUGAAAAUAUAAGCCAGUUUUCAUAAACCUCUUCUUAGGAUACUAAGUUGCUAGCAGAAUCACUAGGUUUGACUGUGAGCAGCUAAUAACUCAGAGCAACUAUGUGGCUGCUAUUCUUUGAUGUUUUAAUUCAUAGUCCUUUUUCUUGGCCAGCAUUCAGAUGGAAUGAAAUUAUUUGCAAGCAUGUAUGCCUCCCCCCAUUACUACCACCUUGGUCUAGCCGUUCUUUCCUGAUCUGGUCUUCCUGCUUCCACCUUGCUAAUCUACAGACUUGCCUGUGAUACAACAGCAAGAACUGCCUUGUGAAACCCAAGUCAGAGCACACCACUCUUGUGUUCAAAACCUCCAAUCAUUUCAGAGGAAAAAGCUGAGGGCUGGGAGCUACAUGACCAUUUCUUUUCUUCCUCCAACCCCUACUAUUCUACUCACUGUUCAGCCGUGCUCCAUCCACACUGGCCUCUUGUUGUUGCUUAAGUAUAUCAAGUGUCUAUGAAGGACCUAAAUGCCACCUUCUGAGUAGGGGACCCUAGGCCAUUGUAUCCAUCCUCCAAUUCCCCACUGUCUCUUCCUUUGUUUUUAUUGCUACCUGAUAUAUUUUAAUUGUUGACUUGUUUACUGUCCACCUCCCUGCACUAGAAUGUGAGCCCCAUUAAGGCAGGGGUUUGUAUCUUUUUUGUUCACUGCUGUAUUCCCUGGUGCUUAAAACAAUGUCUGGCACACAGUAAGUGCACAAUAAAUAUUUUGAGAUUUUA